GGGAUUGAUCCAACAUCCCCAAAUACAGCAACAAUACUUCCAUUAGCUUCAGAAGGCCACAGGGGAGGCCUAUGGGCUUUAGUGUCUCCUUUUUUUUUUUUUUUCUGGUCCAAACCUUUCAGGGGAUUUGUUCUCACUAUGAGGAAGUUGUGUUCAAAAGAUACCAUCAUCUAGAGUGGUGUGGCAGGUUCUUAUUGAUGACACAAUGUCUUCACAAGAGGUCUGGAGAUAAGGCUCUGGAACUUGGCACUCCUGCUGCCUGCUUUACAGGACCAAGCAACCUACAGAAUCCCCCAAAAAUGUUAAACGACUUCUCAAACAAAUGAGUCUUCACCACACUCAUGAAAGACAAAUAAUACGAACACACAUAGCACAUAUACACGAAUAUAAAAUAAGCAUACUACAAUCAGCUCUCUGAGAUAAGAGGUGCCUAUGAGACCUUCAAAUAAUUACGGAGUAGCCUUUGUAGUCUGCUCCUGACUGCUACCAAAGCCUGCCUGGCUAGCUCAUCUGGUUAAAGCACAUCCCUCUUUCUCAUGUCGGCUUCGUUUCAGAGGCUGUGUUUCAGCAGAAGCCAGGACCUCCACAGCACUCAUGGUUGCAUCAGACCUUAAGAAAUACCUGAAACAUUUAGAUGACUGCACGCCUUACGUAACAGGGGAUGGCUGGGCUUAGGCUUGUCGUUUAUAGAGAUGAUUUUAAAUUAUUCCUCAAUCUGUACUUGAUUUAUUUGACAACAUAUCUUGUCAACACUUUCACCUAUAUUUUCUCUUCCUCAUGGCAGGGACAAGCUGUGGGUCACAUCCCAAGCUGUUUGUCCUGCUGUGCUUCGAAGAAUUAUGAUGGGGGAGGAAGGAAAGACAUGCAGCUGCAGUAAUCAUUGGAUUCCCUAUGUGUCAGACCUGGAGUAUGAUCACCUCAUUAACAAUCAGAUGUCCUUUAAGGAGCAGGUUAUAGUGGUCUGUGUCUCAUCUUCUUCACAAACAAACAAGGAUCCCAGUGAAGACAAGAUAGAGCAGCUGUAUAAAAGAAAGAACAAGAACAGAAGUAUGCCUUGUGCUCAGGGCUAUCUGGAUUCCUUUCGCCUCCUCAAAUAUGAUAUCGCUUCUGCAGAUGCAUUUACAGAUCACAAGGGUUCCUUAUUGGAAAAGAGACAUAAUGUAGCUCCUGGCAUGUUUUUGAUGUACAUCCAAGGAAAGCUACUCUUUGCCAAUUAUAUUUUCAAUGGGUACAGCAAGUCAACUACAGACCUUCAAAAACAAAUAGCUAAGACAAGGAGUGAUUAUCACAUGGGUUACUGUCUUCCAGGUGACUUUAAGUUCAGGAAUGGACCUCUUUUUAAUAGCACAAAGUAAUGGAAAGCAUUGGUCUGGUCACUCCAUUUGGAAAUUUGAGAUUAUUUUAAGUUCUCUUCCAUGCAGCUGGAGAAGGUCAGGAAGCAGUCUUAAAAUAUUAAAAUUUGAGCACAAAUCAAGCCAACUAAUGACACUUAUUUUGUGACCUUAUUCUAGAAUUGCCGUUAUUUCUAAAACACUGUUUUUUUUCAGUAAGCCAGAAUUACUUAUAAAAGCCAAUAUACACAGAAAGUGUGGUAUAAAUUUGAGCUGCUAUAUAUUAUUAUUUCUGUUUUGACUGUAGUACUCACCAUUAUGGUGUCCACCGUCUGUUUCAGUUCUCAAAUCAAAUGGGAAAGUCAGUAUAUAUUUCUAGAUCUAAUCAUUCCAAUGAUGAAGAUAUAGAAGAAUCAAGCUGUGUUACACACACAAAAAGAGUCUAUGUGUUAUUUUAAAAUCUGAACCUCUUAAGAGUGGUGGUAAAGAGAGAGGACUAUGGGUGUCAAGAGGGACCAGAAGGGUGAAAACAGUAAGCAGAAAAAAACCCAUGCAUGAUCAUUUCAGUUUCACUAGCAGUAUAAUAAACAGUUCCUAGAGACUCCGUGGAAUAAGACAGCCUAGG